CGUACAUACCAAUCUCUGCUGUCAGUUUCCUUCUCAGAAUGUCCCUCAUGAUCAGCUCGAUUGCCGCAAUGAGCCUUCUAUUGUCUGCAGUAUUGAGUCUGGCAAAGGCAGAAGAUACAAAUGCUACUGUCACAUCGCCUCCUCGACUCAAUCCUGCUUGUCCAGCCAACAAAGUGUUUACACAAUGUGGUACUGCGUGUCCACCGACUUGUGCUGAACCAAAUCCAAGAAUUUGCAUCACACUGUGUGUUCCUGGAUGCUUCUGUCAGAGUGGCAUGCUUUUGAAUGACUUAAAUGAAUGCGUGUCGCCAGAUCAAUGUCCCAGUGACUGUCCUGAUGGUGAAGUGUUCACAAAGUGUGGCACAGCUUGCCCGCUCAGAUGUGACGAACUUGGUUCUGGGCCACGUCCAUGCACACUCCAAUGCGUCAUUGGCUGCUUCUGUCCUGAUGGCUUGUAUCGGAAUGCUCGGAAUGAAUGCGUGCCUCAAGACCAAUGUCCUCCUCUUCCUCCAAAGUGUCCAAAUGGCUCUGAUUACAAUACCUGUGGAACAGCAUGUCCAUUGACUUGUGAUGAUCCUCAUCCCAGGAUAUGCACCAAGCAGUGCGUGCGUGGCUGUUUCUGUCGUGAUGGCUUGUAUCGGAAUGCUCGGAAUGAAUGCGUGCCUGUAGACCAAUGUCCCCCUCCUCCUUCAAAGUGUCCAAAUGGCUCAGAUUACAAUACCUGUGGAACAGCAUGUCCAUUGACUUGUGAUGAUCCUCAUCCCAGGAUAUGCACCAAGCAGUGCGUGAGUGCCUGUUUCUGUCCCACAGGAAUGCUGCAGAGAAAUAGUAUGUGUGUUACACCUGAUGAGUGCAAGAUGUGUCAUUACAAUAAUAGAACAUAUCGUAAUGGAGAGAGAUUUAACUCUACUGAUGGGUGCAACAGAUGUAUUUGUCUUCAAGGCCAUGUUGCAUGUACAAGGAAGGCAUGUCCAGUGUUACCUCCACUGUUGUGUCCAAAUGGCAAAGAGUACAGAGAGUGUGGCACCGCGUGCCCACAGACCUGUCAAAAAGGGCCGUUGAUUUGCACUCUCCAGUGUGUACGUGGCUGCUUUUGUCCACGUGGUCUUGUAGAACACGAUGGUCAAUGCAUCAAGCCAAGCAAGUGUCCACGACAAGAGACACCCUGCGAUCGGUUGAGGAACAAUCAGACAACUACGUGUCAUGGACUCAUUGGUUGCUUUGUCACUUCUUGUGAACCCGAUGGCUCAUUCAGUAGUCAACAGUGUCAUCCAUCAACUGGUUACUGCUAUUGUGUGGAUGAUUCUGGUAACAAAUUGGAAGGUACAGAUACGGCUCCAUAUCUUGUCUCAACACUGGAUUGCACGAAACCAGUUGUUGCUGUACAAACACCAGCAAAAGCCACACCAACUCCUAGUCCAUCUGUUUGUCCUGUGAAUAAAACGUUUGGUUGUGGAUCAGCUUGCCCGCUUACUUGCUCUUAUUCAAGUGUGAGGACGUGCACAAAAGAAUGUGUUUUCGACUGCAAUUGUCCACGUGGUUUGUUGGAUGCUGGCGAUGUAUGUGUCACUGAAAUUAGUUGCCCAGGUCUUCCCAGUGGAUGUGAGCUUGUCAAGGGAAAGAAAGAAUUGAUCUACUUUAAUGGAUGUCGCAGUGUGCGGAGAGUUUUUGUUCCCAAGUGCAUGGGACAGUGCAAAGGUGAAGGUUCAAGAGCACGUUGUCGCGCUACGGGUGGAUUGAAGCAGCAAAUGGUGGCAUUUCGGUGUAAGCCUAAAGAGAAAGGAGGCAAAAAGUAUACGACCACUAUGCCAAUUGCUGUGGCUGAAAGGUGCAGUUGCUCUGUGGUGUAAGAGUGGAUCGAAGGCUGAUGAUGAACAUGAACUUGCGGUAACAUUUUGUCUUUCAAUUGCUUGUCUGUACUGUGUGUGACUGUAGGCUGCAUUGUAGUUUGAAUAGAAGAAUAUAUAACCAGACCCAACGGUAUG